GGGUGGCGGACCGGGGGCGGGGCUAGCGGCUCAUUGUGCGCAGCGCUGUGCGGCGCCGCCGGCCGCCGAGGCCCGGGUGGAAGUUGGCGCUGCUGCCGCCGCCCUGCAGCCCACUCGCUACGCUCUCCUAAGAUGGCUGCCGCUGCCGGUGCUGUGGCAGCCUCGGCCGCCUCAGGUCAGGCGGAAGGUAAAAAGAUCACCGAUCUGCGGGUCAUCGAUCUUAAGUCCGAGCUGAAGCGGCGGAACUUAGACAUCACUGGAGUCAAGACGGUGCUCAUUUCCCGACUCAAGCAGGCUAUUGAAGAGGAAGGAGGCGAUCCAGAUAAUAUUGAAUUAACUGUUUCAACUGAUACUCCAAACAAGAAACCAACCAAAGGCAAAGGUAAAAAACAGGAAUCAGAUGAGUUGGGUGGAGAUGCUUCUGUGGAAGAUGAUGCUUUUGUCAAGGACUGUGAAUUGGAGAAUCAAGAGGCACAUGAACAAGAUGGAAAUGAUGAACUAAAGGACUCUGAAGAAUUUGGUGAAAAUGAAGAAGAAAAUGUCCAUUCCAAGGAGUUACUUUCUACAGAAGAGAACAAGAGAGCUCAUGAAUUAAUAGAGGCAGAAGCAAUAGAAGAUAUAGAAAAAGAGGACAUCGAAAGUCAGGAAAUUGAAGCUCAAGAAGGUGAAGAUGAUACCUUUCUAACAGCCCAAGAUGGUGAGGAAGAAGAAAAUGAGAAAGAUAUAGCAGGUUCUGGUGAUGGUACACAAGAAGUAUCUAAACCUCUUCCUUCAGAAGGGAACCUAGCUGAGGCUGAUCACACAGCUCAUGAAGAGAUGGAAGCUAAUGCGACUGUGAAAGAAGCUGAGGAUGACAACAUCUCGGUCACAAUCCAGGCUGAAGAUGCCAUCACUCUGGAUUUUGAUGGUGAUGACCUCCUAGAAACAGGUAAAAAUGUGAAAAUUACAGAUUCCGAAGCAAGUAAGCCAAAAGAUGGGCAGGACGCCAUUGCACAGAGCCCGGAGAAGGAAAGCAAGGAUUAUGAGAUGAAUGCGAACCAUAAAGAUGGUAAGAAGGAAGACUGCGUGAAGGGUGAUCCUGUCGAGAAGGAAGCCAGAGAAAGUUCUAAGAAAGCAGAAUCUGGAGACAAAGAAAAGGAUACUUUGAAGAAAGGGCCCUCGUCUACUGGGGCCUCUGGUCAAGCAAAGAGCUCCUCCAAGGAAUCUAAAGACAGCAAGACAUCAUCUAAAGAUGACAAAGGAAGUACAAGUAGUACUAGUGGUAGCAGUGGAAGCUCAACUAAAAAUAUCUGGGUUAGUGGACUUUCUUCUAAUACCAAAGCUGCUGACUUGAAGAACCUCUUUGGCAAGUAUGGAAAGGUUCUAAGUGCAAAGGUAGUUACAAAUGCUCGAAGUCCUGGGGCGAAGUGCUAUGGCAUUGUAACUAUGUCUUCAAGCACAGAAGUGUCCAGGUGUAUUGCACAUCUGCAUCGUACUGAGCUGCACGGACAGCUGAUUUCUGUUGAAAAAGUAAAAGGUGAUCCUUCUAAGAAAGAAAUGAAGAAAGAAAAUGAUGAAAAGAGUAGUUCAAGAAGUUCUGGAGAUAAAAAAAAUAUGAGUGACAGAAAUAGCAAGACACAAGCGUCUGUCAAAAAAGAAGAAAAAAGAUCAUCUGAGAAGUCUGAGAAAAAAGAAAGCAAGGACACUAAGAAAGUAGAAAGUAAAGAUGAGAAGAACGAUAACGGAGCAAGUGGCCCAACCUCGGAAUCGAUUAAGAAAAGUGAAGAGAAGAAGCGAAUAAGUUCAAAGAGUCCAGGACAUAUGGUAAUAUUAGAUCAAACUAAAGGAGAUCAUUGUAGGCCAUCAAGAAGAGGAAGAUAUGAGAAAAUUCAUGGAAGAAGCAAGGAAAAGGAGAGAGCUAGUCUAGAUAAAAAAAGGGACAAAGACUAUAGAAGGAAAGAGAUCUUGCCUUUUGAAAAGAUGAAGGAACAAAGAUUGAGAGAACAUUUAGUGCGUUUUGAAAGGCUGCGGCGAGCAAUGGAACUUCGAAGACGAAGAGAGAUUGCAGAAAGAGAGCGUCGAGAGCGAGAACGCAUUAGAAUAAUUCGUGAACGGGAAGAACGGGAACGCUUACAGAGAGAGAGAGAGCGCCUAGAAAUUGAAAGGCAAAAACUAGAGAGAGAGAGAAUGGAACGCGAACGCUUGGAAAGGGAACGCAUUCGUAUUGAACAGGAGCGUCGUAAGGAAGCUGAGCGGAUUGCUCGGGAGCGAGAGGAGCUCAGAAGACAGCAGCAGCAGCUUCGUUAUGAACAAGAAAAAAGGAAUUCUUUGAAACGCCCACGUGAUGUAGAUCAUAGGCGAGAUGAUCCUUACUGGAGCGAGAAUAAAAAGUUGUCUCUAGAUACAGAUGCCCGAUUUGGCCAUGGAUCUGACUACUCUCGCCAACAGAACAGAUUUAAUGACUUUGACCAUCGAGAGAGGGGCAGGUUUCCAGAGAGUUCAUCAGUACAGUCUUCAUCUUUUGAAAGGCGGGAACGCUUUGUUGGCCAAAGUGAAGGGAAAAAAACACGACCUACGGCACGAAGAGAAGAUCCAGGCUUUGAAAGGUAUCCCAAAAAUUUCAGUGAUUCCAGAAGAAAUGAACCUCCACCACCGAGGAAUGAGCUUAGAGAGACAGAUCGGCGAGAAGUCCGAGGAGACCGAGAAGACAGGAGAACAGUGAUCAUUCAUGACAGGCCUGACCUGGCUCACCCUCGACAUCCUCGGGAAGCAGGGCCCAACCCUUCCAGACCAACCUCCUGGAAAAGUGAAGGAGGCAUGUCUGCUGAUAAGCGUGAAACAAGAGUUGAAAGACCAGAGCGAUCUGGGAGAGAAGUCUCAGGACACAGUGUGAGAGGUGCCCCUCCUGGGAGUCGCAGUAAUGCUUCAGGCUAUGGAAGCCGAGAGGGAGACCGAGUGAUCUCAGACCGGGGAAGUGGAGCACAGCACUAUCCUGAAGAACGACAUGUAGUUGAACGCCAUGGACGGGACACGAGUGGACCAAGAAAAGACUGGCACGGUCCACCUUCACAAGGGCCUGGCUAUCAUGAUACGAGGCGAAUGGGUGAUGGCCGGGCAGGAGCAGGCAUAAUAACCCAGCAUUCAAGAUUGUCACAGUAGCUGGAGCUGAGCCAGUCCAAACCCAAGAACCAGGAGCUUCUUCGGGGUCUCCCAGGUGGGUGCAGGGGCCCAAGUACUUGGGCCAUCUUCCACUGCUUUCCCAAGUGCAUUAGCAGGGAGCUGGAUUGGAAGAGGAGCAACUGGGACACGAACCAGCACCCAUAUGGGAUGCUGGCAGCACUCCAGGCUAGGGCUUUAACCUGCUGUGCCACAGCGCCAGCCCCAGAGUCCAUUAUUUUCUGAGUUCUCAUGCUCCUUGGUGGCUAAGCACUAUUUCACACUGUUGCUUUUCUUUAUUUUGAAGCAGCUUUCUGUGUUCUAAAGCAUUAUAAUUUCCUUCUUCCUGAUUUCCUUUGCUUCCCCUCUUUCAGAUGAUUGCAUUUUGACACUGCUCUUUAUUUUUAGCUCUUUAUCACCAUUUCCAUGUGAAUGCCUUGCUGUUUCCAUCAAUUCAAGGUCCUUGGCAAAUUCAUUCCUUUCCUGUUGCCUCUAGCUUAUUAUUUUCUUUAUUUUUAAAAUUUGUCUAUUUAUUUGAAAGAAUGACAGAAAGAUAUGUUCCAUCUACCAGUUCACUCCCUGUAUGCCAGUGACAGCUGAGGUUGGGACAGGCUGAAGCCAAGAGCCAGGAACCAGGGACUCCAUCUAGUCUUCCGUGUGGGUGUCAGGGACCUAAGUAGAUGAGGCAUCGUUUGCUGCCUCCUGGGGUACACAUUAGCAGGAAGUUGGAUAGGAAGCAGAGGUGUGAGCUGAUCCCGGAUGUUCCAGUAUAGGAUCCUGGCAUUCCAAGCAGGCAAGCAGUUUCCUAACCUGCUGUGCUACAGUACCACCCUCCAGCUUCUUAUUUUUCCUUCUCUUUUAAAAAAGUUUCAUUUAUUAAAAGGAAGAGGAAGAGAGAAACAGGUGGGAGGAGAGACAGAGCUCUGUCUGCUGGGUUACUCCCCAAAUGCCCACAAUAGCCACAGACAGGAACUCCAUCAUCCAGAUCUCCCACGUGGCAGAAACCAGGUACCUGAGCUAUCAUCUGUUGGCUCCCAUGCACAUCAGGAGCAAGCUGGAUUGAAGCAGAGGCAGGAUUUGAUCCCAGUAACUUCUGUGUGCCAUGCAAGUGUCCCUGGCAGUAGCUUAACUUAUUGUACCACAAUGCCCAGCCCCCCUCACCCCCAGCUUCUUUUUUUAAUUUGCAAAUGCUGCUAUCUAUCUCAUUUACCCCAGCUGGAAAAAUAUUGGUGUCAUCAUAUUUAUAUUCAUUCUAGCAUAAUGUUCUAAGUGUGGUUUGUUUUUUUAAAUUGUUUCUAGGGCCAUGGGCAUUCAGUAUAGUAGUUAAGAUGUCCCUUAGGAUACCUGCAUCCCAUAUCCAAAUGCCUGAGUUCACAUUCCAGCUCUGCUCCUGUUUCCAACUUCCCACUAAUGUGUAUCCUGGGAGGUAGCAAGUGAUGGCUAAAGUAGUUGGGUGUCUGCCACCCAUGUGGGAGACCUGGCUAAGACCCAAUUGUUGUGAGCUUUCGGGGAGUAAACCAGAAGAUGAGAGUGAUACCCCUCUCUCCUUUCCUUCCUCACGCCCCUCUCUUCCCCUUUCAAAUAAAAAAUAAUGUGUUUCUAGUAGCUAUUGAUUCUUCCUCAUUUUUUAUCAAAUCUUCUCAAAUUAGUCUUUUUUUUUUUCCUGAUACAUUUAUUCAAGUUCUUUCUAAAUGCAGUGAUUGGAGCACCCACUGUUAUACCAUUUAUUCAUUCUAAAACCACAAGCAGCUUUCUCUUGGUCACAGUCUAGUCCAGACUCUCAGCCUGGGAUUCAGCCCUUUCUGUAACGUUUCACGUCCCACCUUUUUACAGGAUGUUUUGGGGAUGGAGCCAUUUUUUAUGUGUUCCGAGUGUUUACUAUGUUGCAUUGUACAUAAAAAUUCCAGAAAUACUUCUUGAAUGACUUCCUGUAACUGGAGGUUCCCAAGGUUUAGCAUAUGCCGGAAUCAUCGAGAAGGUUUGUUAAAACAUAGAUGCUGGGUCCUAUCCCCAGAGUUUUUUAGGAGCUACAGUGGGGUUGAGAAUUUGCAUUUCUAAUAAGCUCUUAGUUAGAGCUGAUGCUGCUGAUCGGGGUCUACAUGUUGAAAUGUUUUGAGUAGUGGGCUUUGCUCCAACAGUGUUUAGCUGUGUGACCUUGGACACAUUUCUUAACCUGCACGUCUCAGUGUCUUCAUAAAAUGGGGUUAGUAAUGGUACAUAUGGAGCAUUGCCUGAUAAAGUAAGUGAUACGUUCUCUGACUUUUUUUUCUUUUAAAUCCUUUUCAGUAAUGCAUCCCCAAUUAACAGAAUUGUACAAAUCAGUGGCAAUUCCAUGCCAAGAGGAA